AAUCUUAAUUGUUCAUUUAUUAUUGAAAAUCAUUACUAGGCUAUUACCAGGAUUAGUGCCUACCCCUGAAUGUGUUUUGCAGUAAAAUAUUUUUUUUUCUUCAUCUUUGUCUAACCAUUUAAUCCAGUUAAUAACCAUAAUGGAAAUUCCUGGAUGGAGCAAUAAGUAAAGGAAGGAAAAGACAACCACUCAUCUAUAGUGGAUCAAUGCGUGUAGCAUGGUAACACACAACAGCAAACAGCAUUCACACUAGCUUUCGAGCACUAUCACUUUUUCCAGCAAUAGUACACACGUUCACACACACAACCACAUGGCCGCAGGAAUGUAUGUUUGGGUGUCUGUGUGGUUGUGUGUGUGAAUGUGUUUGAUUGCUGGAAAAAGAGUUAGUGCUUGAAAGCUAGUGGGAACGCUGUUUCCUGUUGUGUGAUACUGUGCCCCAUGCAUCAGUCCACUAUAGGAAUGUGGUUGCCAUUCCAUAAUUUUUUGUAUCGCUGCAUUUCAUCCAAUUGAUGUUCUCUGGUUUCAGUUUUCUUCAUGUAUGCCUCUUUGUUGUUUGCUUCUGUCAGUUGAAACCUUUUUUGCAACUGUAGGAAUGCUUCUUCUGCACACACUAUAUCUUUCAGUAAUUCGACUGUUUUGUCUUCUCAUUGCUUAAUUUUUCAAAAACCCCAAAUCAACUGAUUUUAAUCCCUCUUUGCAUAGUUUAUAUUACACACGUGCACACAUAAGAAAGUAUAGACACUAAACAAGACAAGUUUGCUUCUGAGGUUCUUGGAUGUACUGCUGAAUCCAGUUGUUGAAGGCCCACGAUAUUUUGGCGAAUAAUCGUUCUGCCAACACCAAGUGGUGCUGAACUACAACGGCACCAUCUGAUGGCAGAACGGUUAUUUGCCGAAAUAUCAAGGACCUUCGACAAUUGGACCCGGCAGUAAACCCGAGAACCUCGGAAGCAGCAUACAUCCCUGGAAAACCUCAGAUCACGUAAGACAAGUUUGUUUCAUUGAGCAUCUUGAAUGCUAAUAAAAUUUUCCAUCCUAUAAUUUAUAUUGAUAUGCUGUAAAAUGAUAGUAAGAGAGAGGGAUGGUUUCUUGUAUCCGUCACAAUAUACUACCAUGUUUCUAUUGCCAGCAGUGUCUGUUGAUUGAAACUUCAAUUUUUCAUCUGUUAUCUUUUCUGUGUGUGUGUGUGUGUGUGUGUGUGUGUGUGUGUGUGUGUGUGUGUGUGUUGUUGUUGUUGUUGUUGUUGUUAAGCUGUAUGAUGAAAAUCACUAUCUGUGAUAAUGCUACAUAUAGUUAAGCAAAUGAUAAGAAUUAUUAAAUGUGCUGGAGAAUCUUCUAAGUAUUAUGCACAGUGUGUAAUUCUUGAUUUUUGUUUCAGAGUUUGGAGCUAAAGUAUUGUACUGCAAAUUGAUUGGUUCUGUUUUACGCGUAAAAUUAUUUCUGUUACAGGACUGUAUUUUAGUUAGGGACAAAUUUGAUGUAGGCUAUGAUGCUUCGAAACAAAAAGGUGUUAGCAAAUAUUUCUGGAGUUGCUGUUAAGAGGAAGAUGGCUAGAAACAGGAGCGUAUUAAAACAGUCACAAUCAGAAGGCCACCUUGAAGCAAAAAGCACGAGGAAACAUGAUUCAGUCUUACAUCAUUGCACUGAUUUGUGCAAGUCUUUGUCCAGCUGUGACUAUAUUUCUGGUGCUGAGCAGUCAUCAUCUAUUGCAGAACAUUCUUCGAUGAGCCUGAUGAAAAAUACUCCAUCUGCUGAAGUGGGGAAGUGUAGUAGUGCUUUGGUAGGUAGUAACACCAGUUCAUCACAGGGGUCGCCUAAAUCUAAUAAGACAGCAGAUUUACAGUCGUCAACUGUCUCAGAAGAUUCAGUACGAAGCCUUGACAUGGAGGAUUCCAUUGUUGAAGUAAUUCCCAUAGAGAUUUCUGAUGUCCGUAUAUUGGAAACAAAAUCACACAAGCCGUCUUCCAGUGGUAACAAACCGAUAGAUGCAGAUACGUCAGAUGUUAUAAUUAUCCCAGAUUCUCCAGGACAAGGGACUGCAGGGAACAAGGCUUCGAAGACUACUUCAAAUGAAAUUUCACGUGUGCAGCGAGGCAGGAAAAGAAAAAACAGUGAUGAUAGUGGGAUUGAAAUCUUGUGCGAUAUUUCAGGAAGUAGACCUAAGAAGCAGCAGAAAAUUAAUAUUGCCAGUAAAGGGAGCAGUGGGGAUGGAGAUGAUAUUAUCUUCAUUAGUGCAGAAGAUGAUGAAGUGUCAGUCAUCAAAACAAAGGAGGAGCACAAAACACCUCAAGAGGAUGUAAUAAUUUUAGAUUCGCCUCCUGUGCAAACUCCUGUGCAGAAUUCAGACAAAACACCUAAGAAAAUGGUUUCAGCAUCUACAAGUGUAACUGGUUUAAUUCCCCAUUAUACGCAACAUUUAAUAGAUUAUAUUUCUCUUGAUGGAAGACCACCUGUAAAUAUUUCUGACUCAUCUAUUGGGACACCUGUGUUGCCUUUUUCACUCAGAGAUGCAUUCAGAGAUGAGGAGGAGAUGGUGCAAAGACGGAUUCCUGUUUUGAGACGGGCACAGGGUACCAGAGCUUCCAUUCGGCGGCAAAGGGAAAGAGCUGCGUUUCAUAACCGUUUAGUACAUGCUCGCAGUCAAGCAGGCCGAUCAAACUGUAUACCUGUGUCUACUUGCGCUUACUUUCCCCCUCACCCUUCAAAUGCACUGAUUGGAAAUCAGACUUCAACUAUCGGAAAUGCAGCCGAAAAUUCAACUGCACAAAACUCGACAAACCAAAAUGUAGCACCUGAAAACUCUGUACAACAAAACUCGACAACCCAAAAUGUAGCACCUGAAAACUCUGUACAACAAAACUCGACAACCCAAAAUGUAGCACCUGAAAACUCUGUACAAUCAGCUCCAGAAGUUUCACAAUCGCCAGCCUGUGUUUAUGGAACCAACAUUUACAACCCAAAUGCGAGUGACAAAGAGAAGGAUGGGUUGCGACCAGUCAUCAUUGAUGGAAACAAUAUAGCAAUGGGGCAUGGAAAAGGAAAAUGUUUUUCAUGGCGAGGACUGCACAUUUGUAUCAAGUACUUUUUGAAGCGUGGUCAUAAAGUGACAGCAUUUGUGCCAACAUUCCGGAGGGGUGCUUGCCCACCUGACCUUCGUUCUGAACUGGAGGAGUAUGAGAGGAGUGGGCAGGUUGUAUUCACACCAAGCAGAAGAAUAGAAGGGCGACUCAUUGUGCCAUAUGAUGACAGGUUCAUUGUGCAGUGUGCAGCAGAACUUGGUGGAGUUAUAGUCUCCACAGACAACUUCCGUGAUCUUCUAAGUGAAAAUACCACCUGGAAGGAAACAAUUGAAAAGAGGUUGCUGAUGUUCACAUGGGUUGGAGACUUGUUGAUGUUCCCUCAUGAUCCGCUAGGGAGGAAUGGUCCAAAAUUUGAAGAGUUCCUUCGCUUUCCCAAGAAGUUAUAAGACAAUGCUGAAAUUGUCGCCAGUGUCAAUUCAGUACAAACUGCUGCUGUGUUAGAGACCAAAAAAGUGUUGUUAAUGUAUUUUGAUAUUUUGGUGUAAAGGAAGUAAUCCAUUUUUACAAAAUAACAUAUCCCAUUUCUCAAAAAUCUGUUGUCAAGUUUGUGCUCAGGUAUUGUUAAAGUAUGUAUACAGCUGUAUCUUGUUAUUCUUUUAUUACAUAAUAUUGUAUCAUAUUAUAUUUAUUGUGUACAGUUGGAUUAUUCAUUUUCAGUUUUAUAAAAUUAUUUUCCAGUAUAUAAAAGCUGCAUUUGAAAACAAUUUGGGUUGUGAAUCUUAAAGUGAUAAUCACUUUGCUUUUUUGUGUAUUAUAUGAAAUCAAGAUAUAUUCUUGCCAGUCGCUGUUUUUUAUCUCUUGCAGUAAAAAUAAAAAAAAAAAAUUAAAUUAAAAAAAGUUUUUUUAAAACACUUGUCAGAGUUGCAUGAAGUGCACCAACAAUUUCUUUAGUUUCAUAUGACAGUACUCGAGAAGUGUAACCAUUUUGUGUAGGCUUUCGGGUUGUUGUUUGUAAAUGAAAUGUUUUAUUUGACUAUAACUGUUGGCUAAGAUAUUUCACAUUUCAUUCGUUCGUUUCUCAUAAAUAGUUGCCAUUUUCUACAUGUUGGUAAAGUUGUACAGGCUGUAUGUCAAGAUAACAAAUUUGCAGAGGGCAUAAUAAAUUUUCUUUUGUUCAGUUUUAGUUAACCAACAUUAUGGUUGGUUGAACAAUUUCCUUGAUUUCAGUUUGAUGGUUUGGUGCAAGUAUUUGUUACAUUGUACACAUUCCAAAAUGCUUUCAGUGUGUUUUUAUCACAGGAAUAGUGUAAAUAUCCUUAUUACAAGUGUGUGUGAAUGUGAAAUAAUUUGAUGCGUGUUCUGCUUUGUGCUGCUACAUCUGUUAAUACUUUAAGGUACAUAAAACACCACUUUAGCUGCAGUUUCCACUUCUGGUUAUGUUAAUGUGACCUGUAUUAUAAUGUAAAAAUGAUGUAUGUUAGUAAAGGUAGCUAUCAUUAAAAGAACAUUUGGAAACUCUUUUCUUUACAGUAUUCCCAAGACCUAAAUGCGUAUGAGUAUUGAAUGUAAAGAAUUCUCGGAAGUUCUUCUGUUAUGACAAUAGCCACUUUUACUAAUGUAAGCCUCUCUUGCAUUAUAAUACAGGUCACAUGAGUAUGUUCAGUCAACAUAACUGGUAGUGGAAACAGCAACUGAGAUGGUAUUUUUUGUAUACCUUAAAGCAUGUGUGUCAUGUAGGCUUGGUAUGAAAAAUAAUUAGUGAUACUGUUUGAUGUAUAUAUUAUCUCAAAUGUUGCUUUUGUUUAUAGGUAACUGUAGCAAUUUUUAGUAAAACUAAAGUUAGUAAAACCAAUAAAGCAGACAGGUGGAAAAAUGUCGUCCAAAUGUCAGAAAGGAAAGAACCAAAGAAAUUCUUACCAGUAUUGAGACUCGCUGGUAGUGGACUCACUGCUAGCAACCAAAUUACUUUAUAUUAAAUCUGAUACAAAUGAAGGUUUUGUAUAAGCAAGCUGAAAUAGUAUAACUGAAUGGGAACGUCCGUACUUAAGUUAGUUGUAGAAAUUUGUUGUUCGUAAAUAGUAGGGUCGUAAAUAAGAUAUAUGAGCAGGAUUACAGUUGAGCAUAUUUAAGAGAGAUGUACUUGAAGAGACUAUUUCAGUACAUAAAGAUUAUCGUUUUAAUUAUAGAUAUAUUUUUGUAAAAUAUUCAUUUCAAAUUUUUUCACACAAGGUAUGUAAUUAAUGAUGUUUUACUGUGAACUAAAUCACACAGACACUUCUGUAAAUAUUUGAUUAAUACCAUUCAUUUUCCACGAAAAGGGAAAUAAUUAAUAUAAUUUGAUGUUACCAAAAUAUUUGUUGUUCAGUCUUUGACAAAUUUGUGUUUUUUUUUAUAUAUAACAGUCCACUAUAAUAAAUAAUAUUUAAUAAAGCUUUAUUUUCUUACAUUGGAUGAUUCUGCACCCACCCCCUCUU